UGAGGAGUCAGUGGUCACGUGGCCACGUGACUCAGCUGUUCCUCAGAUCUUCCACCACUUUCGCAACAGUGUGAUAAUAAUAAUACUUAUUUGGAGAAGAGACUAGGAGCUUAUAGCGGCUGUUUUUUUACCUGUAGACCUGUAAACACGCUGAUAAUAACCCCAGACCGAAGCUCUGAGGCAGGAACUGUGCUAUAGAGCAGCAUGGCGGCCGCUGAGGAGGACAGAAGGAAGCAGGAGGUUCUGGUGAAGCACACGGGGGGCUGCCACUGUGGUGCCGUUCGCUUUGAGGUGUGGAGUGCUCCAGAUCUGCACGUAUUCAACUGCAACUGCAGCAUCUGUGUUAAGAAGCAGAACCGCCACUUUAUCGUCCCCAAAUCCCACUUCACCCUGCUGCAGGGGUCAGAGAACAUCACCACUUACACAUUCAACACUCACAUAGCCAAGCACACCUUCUGCAAGACCUGCGGAGUCCAAAGUUUCUACACACCGCGCUCUAAUCCUGAUGGAUUUGGUGUAGCUCCACACUGCCUGGACCCUGGAACCAUUAAGAGCGUGACGAUUGAGGAUUUCUGUGGGGAGAACUGGGAGGACAGCAUGGAGAAGCACAAGACAAUCCAGAGCAUGUCCAAACCAGCACCAGGAACCAACUGACCCACAAAACAAGAGCAAAUCAAGAUCAACCUGGACUGUUCUACUGGAGACCUGAAGACUCUGACUGUGUUAAUCAGCUCUUCACAACAGAACCUGUUAUUGCUGUUCUGUGUCCUACUUUUAAAGUGUGUUGCACAACAUGUGGAAAAGAAAGUGUUUACCUUCAGACAUGCUGUUCUCAUCAGUGAAACAGCAAAACACCUGGCCAAAUUCAGUUUUGUCAUUUUGUUCACCAUUAUAUCCAUUAAAAUGACCAAAUGUAUGUUUUUCUUGCUUUUAAAAUAAAAACAAAUACAAAACUAUGAAAAAUA